AUGGCUUCUGGAAAUUUCUCCAAUCGGUCUAUAAGAAGCCCCUCUUCCUCCACGCCCUCCACUCCACAGACACCUACUCCUAAUGCAUUCUCCUUCCUCAACAGCCGUCCUCCCAAACCUGACCGUGCUCGAGAAGACAUCAUCUUAAAACAAAGAAAAAGACGUGCUGAGGACGUCUGGGACCACUUUCGAAAGCCACAAGAGGACGAAGACAAGAGAGGAAAGGAUGGACAGUCAUUAAUGUACUGCAAAAUUUGCAAUGGAAGGUGGUCUACUGCGAUUACGACAAAUGCACGUGGCCAUCUUGCGAACAAGCAUCAAAUAUACAUUGAGGUUGCAGAGCCAAAGGGCAAGAAACCACGCCAAUUAGCCCUCGAUAUCUCGUUUCAAAAUGCUACACAGAAGCUAGCGGAAAGGGACAGUUUCGAGUUGAGAGAGAAGCUCCGCAACGCUAUUGACAGGGACGCUUUUUAUGAAGCACAGAUCCAGCUCAUUACUCGCCGCCGGAUGGCAUUUAAUUGUGUUGAAUGGGCUGAAUAUCAAGCACUCCUCAUGUCUAUUAACCCAGAAGUCGAAAGCCUCCUUGUCGAAUCACAUUCAAGCAUCCCAAUCCAUAUUGAGCGCAGCUUCCGCAAGCAUUAUGGAACCGUCAAGAGCCGGCUCCAAAAUGCUAGGUCUCAAAUUCACUAUAGUAUCGAUCUCUGGAAAUCACCAAACCGCAAAUCAUUCCUCGGCAUUUGCGCACAAUUCGUUGAUAAUGAGUACGUUCUUCGAAAGGCGCUGUUGGCACUUCCACAGUGCCGCUUUUCACAUAGUGGUGAGACAAUGGCAGCCCACAUUCUUGAUGCGAUCAAAGCUUAUGAGAUUGCCGAAAAUACUGGAUAUAUUGUUGGGGAUAAUGCUUCAAGUAAUGACACUUGUGUUGCGGCCAUUGGAAGAGAGCUUAUCAAACUGGGAAUUGAAUUUGAUGGGAAGAAGCGCCGUAUUCGUUGUUGUGGUCACAUCAUCAAUCUCUCUCUUGAAGCCUUUCUUUUUGCAAGCACUGUCGAAGCACUCGAAGCUGCUAUCGAGGCUGCAAAGGAAGAGGCAGACCUCACCAUUGUAGAGGCAUUACAAGAACAACUUCGAGAAAAGCAAGGUAAGAAAGGCAAGAAGAAACGACUGGGUGAUGAGGCUGGAUGGCAGUCAAUCAGUGCACUCAGUAAUCUCCAUACUAUCGCCGUCUUCAUUCGCUCCUCAUCGAUCCUUUCAGAUGAAUGGGAGACAUUAGCCGGCAAAACGUUAGGCAUUGAUAAUGUCACCCGAUGGAAUUCAUGGUUUAAUCUCAUUAAAACAGCGGUUGAGAAGCAAGCAAAGUUGAUGAUCUUCUGUCAAAACCAUCAUAAAGAACUUGGACCAGCAGUUCUCUCGCCUCAAGAUUGGGAGACUCUUAAAAUUACUCUGGAGUUCUUACAGCCCUUCUCUCAAGCGACGCUUAUUCAAGAGUCAAAAUGGUCAUCUCUUGAUCAGGCACUCUGGACGAUGGAUGUACUGUUUAAGCAUUACGAGCAAGCGAAGGCCAAGUACGCCCAUAACUCCCAUAUAGUCAACUCCAUCAAUAUGGGCUGGUACGUACUUGACAAGUAUUACAAAUGUUCUGACGAAGCUCCCGCCUACACUACUGCUCUCCUCCUCCACCCUAUGCGCCGAAAAAAGUAUAUUGACCUUCAUUGGGAUCCAUCUUGGUGUGGGCCAGCCCUCAGAGCAGCGAGGGAGGUCUGGGCAAAGUACAAAGAUCUGCCACUUCAAGAAAAUGCAAACCGGGGGGCGAACGGCAGCCAUGAGCUCUCAGAGUUUGACAAGCUUGCGCAAGAGCUUGAUGUUACUGAGGAUGACGGUGAGGAUGAAUUUGAGAAGUUCGUUACAUCGUCGCCACAUAAGAUUACCUGCUCCCCUUUACAAUGGUGGUGUAAAGAAGAACAGAGAUUGGAGUACCCUCGUCUCCACAAAAUGGCUAUUGACAUUCUCUCUAUCCCGCCAAUGUCAGACGAGGCAGAACGUGUCUUUUCAGGUGUUAGACGUACAAUCUCUUGGGAUAGGGCAAGGCUAGGCGCUUGGAUUGUGGAGAUGACAGAGCUUUUAGGGAAUUGGAAUAAGAAUGAUCUUAUUCGAGUUCUGCAUGUACUAACUGGCGAAGAUGAUGAGCCUGCUCUGAAGAGAACUGAAGAAGAUGCCGGUCUAUCGCCUCCAAAUGACAGAUCCGGAACCCAGCCUACAUCGUCGGAGGGGUCACGGCAAUGUCAUACAGCGAGGACGUUAUUUGAAUCCUCGAUUAGCCAGCCGCGUGUAGAGCUUGGAACGCCAUUGCCGCCGACCCAACGAAGCUCAGGGCUCUUCCGGACACUGGCUCCCUCACUCCCCGCACAGCGAACGAGCCAUCGGAUGGUCCCACUGUCUGAUCCAGCUACUAUCCGAAGCAGCACAACCAGUGUGGAUCACGCUUACUUGGCAACUAGAUACCGCAAAGGGGGGAAGGACUCGCAAGAUAACCCUUCCACAGCCUGGGCGAGGGUCAAACUGGCCGCUAUCCAGCGCGACCAUCGUUCGCGACGCCGUGUAGGGGAAACUGUAUCACUGACGCCCACCGCAGCUCAGCUGGGCAACUCUCCAGGUUCGGAAGUUGCUGGAGAAGGUAUCUACCACUGUGCUGCGGCUGGCAAGUCCCACAUUGACGCCGAGGACUAUGCCAACAUACUUCUCUCGCCCGCUCGACCACGCAGGUAUCUCGAGCAAUUGGGGAUCGAGCCGGAUUCCGAACCGGGUGAGGAAGACGAGGACGGUGACAGGGACAAUGAUUCUGUGGAUAGAAGCCCUCUUCGCCGUCGGCCGCUGCAGCCGUCCGCAAAGUUAAGGCGAGGCCGCCGUGGUCCCGCUCCAGGAACAGGGGGCCGGCCAAGAAGGUCUCGGAGGGAAUCAGGAACACGAUCGUCGAAACCGCAACGACGUCUUCGGAGUCCAGUGAUAAUUCCACCGGAAGAAUUGGCGGUCUUCCAUGCACAAGAUUCGGUGUGGAAUGGCGACCUCGAUGCUUGCGCCUUGACCGACCGUGAUAAAACCACCCUGCGCGAGUUCUGGACUAAACUUGACAAUGACCAGAUGGAAUACUGCAGCCGAUGCCGCGAGUGUUGGUUUCAGAUGGAAAUAGAUUAUGACGGUAUUUGCUCGCGUUACUAUCGGAAGGAUGAAAAGCGUGCCCCCGACGAGCCUCAUUUCUUCUCUGCCGAAAAUCAACUUGACUUUGGCCCGGUACCGGCCCGAUUGCCCGAGCUCACGCCUACAGAGGAAUCAUUGAUUGCUCGCGUCCACGUCCACGUGAACAUCAUGCUGGUGCGAGGGCAGCAGUACAAGUAUCGAGGGCAUGUCGUUCACUUUCUUCGCGAAGUUGGCUUGGUGUACAACCAGCUCCCGCUCUUGCCCCCGGAGUUGAACACGGUGUUGCUGCGUCCUGCCAACACGUCUUCACACGCCAAUCUCAGCCGGCAAUUUACCCGCCAGUUUCGUGUGCGCCGCCAAGCGGUUAUGAUAUGGCUUAACUACCUCCGCCAUCAUCAUCCCGGCUAUCGAUGCAUCGUCAUCGACGAUGAGCGACUGAGCCAACUGCCCGAGGACGGCAAUGUGGUGGACGCCAUCCCGCAAAGUCAGGUGGAAGCUGCCGAUGUGGGACCGGAGGAGCAUCAGGAGGCAGAGCCUGAUCUAGAGGACGCGGCUGCUGUGCCUGACCUGUUGGCCAAGGACACAGAGCUCGAUGCCCUGCGGUCUAUUCUCGCUGGCGAACCAGAAGCGAAUGCAAGGCUUCCUCUUGCCACAGGCACCCAGGGGCGGACGCAGCACGAGCUGCGGCUCCCGCAUAUACGGCACACACCGAUCAAUGAGUUCAAUCGCUCUCAUGCCCUGCUCUCCUUCGCAUUCCCCGGCCUCUUUCCAGACGGCAGAGCCGACUUUGUGGAGCCUCGCUUGCGGUCGAUUGAGUACAAGGAUUACAUCGAGCACGCGAUGCGGUGGCACGACGGGCGUUUUGCACGGCAUCCGACCUUCCGUUUUGUGGCAUUCAACACCCUGAUGCGGUCCCAAGCACCGGCGCGGUCGAAAUUCUUUGUGAAGCAACAUGAUGGCACUCGAGAACCGCUCACGCGAGACCAGCUUAUUCAGGCACUCGAACACAGCGAGGAUCCCGAGGCGCAGGUGCUGGUCAACUCGAUCACAAGGCAUGCGGUGUCGAUUCGCGGUACGCGACCCUUUUGGAACAGAAAGAGGCAGGACCUCGAAGCGUAUGCCUACAGCCUGGGCUGCCCUGGCGCAUUUAUUACAUUUAGCCCGGCCGACUUGCACUGGCGGAGCCUCUACCAACACAUGCCCCGAUAUGGAGAAUGGCUGCGAGCGUCCGAGCCGGGAAGGAUGGCAUUGUCACGACACCUAUUGCGUCAGAACCCUCACAUUGCUGCUUUCCACUUCUACCGCCGAUACUGCUUCUUUCGAGAUAUCGUGUUGCGUAAGAAGUUCAACGUCACGGAUUACUGGGAUCGGUAUAAAUGGCAAGGGCGUGGUAGCCCGCACAAUCACGGUCUGUACUGGAUGCCGGAGAGCCCGGCCGCCGACAUGGAGGACGAAGCUGCUCGUGACAUAUUUGCACGCACGUGGGGCUUCCACAUCACGGCCGUGAACCCGGAACCCCGUAGAACUGUGCCUCAGGGGGAGGGUAAUCCGCUGAGCGUAGAUCCGCUGGGCGUGGAGAUGACAUUCCUGCGGCUCUCGCAAAUUGUCAACCGCUGUCAGCGCCACGGGUGCAAUACCACGUAUUGCUUGCGUGUCAGAAAAGGAAGCGGUGACCUGGCCAGGGACAUGGAAGGAGCUGCUGCCGAUAUUGAGGCGGCCAACGAGUCGAAUCCCGAAAGGGAGUGCCGUUUUGACUUUCCCCGUGCCUUGCGGGAACUGGCCGCGGUCAUCAGGAAGGAAGGCAAGUCGUACUACAUCUUCGAGGCGGCCCGCAACGACAACCUCAUGAACCACUUCAACCCUGCCAUCAUUCUGGGAUGGCUGGCCAACAUUGACGUAUCUCCAUGCACCAGCUUACAAGCAGUCAUUACAUACGCUGCCAAGUAUUGCAGCAAAUCGGAGAAGAAGACCGAGCCUUACUGUAAGCUUGCAGACCAGGUUUUGCCGCACACGGCACACCAUCAACCCUUAUUGUCCUUCUCCUCUCGUCUUAUGAAUAAGUUGAUUGCCGAGAGAGAUUACUCAGCGCAGGAAAUUUCCCACUUGCUGCUCAACAUCCCUCUGCAGGAAGGGACUCGGAUGGUUGUGUACGUCGACUGCCGCCCGUUGGAGCAGCAUGUGCGGUCGUACCGUGUCGACGAUGACGUGAGUGAGGCUGUGGGCAGCUACCGGAAAUAUCUGCAGAGAAAUGACCAGCAUGAGAGUAUUACUUAUCUCGAGUAUUUGCAAUCGUACAAUCUCAAGACGUGGAGGAGACUCGGUGCGAACGCGAAGAAGAGGGUUCUGUCCUACUUUCCUCGCUACAGACCUCUGGAAGCUUCAGCCCAGUUUCAUGACUUCUGCCGUGUCAAGUUGAUGAUGGCCCAUCCGCAUCGCUCACCGGAGGGUUUGCUUGCUGUGGACGGGCAGUGGUUUGAGUCCUUUGUUGAAGCGUACCAGUGCUGCCGGCAGCGACACCAUUUCCAUGAGGACGACCAUUAUGGGGAGGAAGAAGACAUCGACGUACUUGGCCGGCGAGAUAUCGACGUGAAUUAUGACUGGACUCCUCACGUUGGACGGUAUACCGAUGAUGGUAUUCUCACCGGCAACUACUGGAAGCAACGCAAAGCGGGAAACCCCCUUGACCUUGAUGUGGAUCAUCAGCCCUUGGAAGCCCGCGGUUCCUUAAAUCGAGAGCAGCGCCUAGUGUACGAUACGGUGAUGGACCACUUUCUGAAUCAGGAACCUUCCCAGCUGUUACUCCAUGUGGAUGGUGGCGGUGGCACGGGUAAGUCAUAUCUCAUCAACCUGCUCUCGGCGCAUCUCCAGGCCGCGACUUGCGGGAGAAGGACACCUGUCUGGCGUGCCGCACCGACGGGCGUCGCGGGGAAUCAGAUAUCAGGCACCACUUUGCACUCGCUGCUUCACCUCCCGAUCAACAAGGACUUUAGGCCGCUCUCCACCAUCGACAAGGCCGAGCUCCAGAAGAAGCUGAAGGAUAUUCAAUACCUGAUUAUCGCCGAGAAAAGCAUGCUGGGACUGCGCCAGCUAUCCUGGAUCGACGACCGUCUCCGCGAGGCGUUUCCGCAUAGGAACGAGGAGUUCUUUGGUGGACUCAAUAUCCUUUUGGUGGGCGACUUUUUUCAGCUUCCUCCUGUUCUGCAGAAACCGCUUUACUACGACAAAGAGGUGCAGGGAAUAGAGAUCAAGGGAAGGAACGCGUAUAUGCGCUUUGAUAAGACUGUCUUCCUGAGCAUUGUUCAGCGGCAGUGCGGCGAUGACCAGGCGGCCUUUCGCAAGGCUCUCGGUGAACUGCGGCUGCUCCAACUAUCUUUAGAGUCCUGGAAACUUCUCUCUGGCCGCGUGCAGGCAAAGCUAGACGAUCAAGAGGUCGCCAGUUUCGCCGACGCCUUGCGGGUAUACGCCACGAAAGACCGGGUGUACGAAUAUAAUCAUUACCACCUUGACCGUCUCGGCCGGCCAGUCAUUCAGGUCAAGGCUAAGAACGUCGGCCCCGGUGCGGCUGCUGCUCCGGACGACAAGGCGGGUAACCUUGCGAAACAGGUCCCUGUAUGCAUUGGCGCCCGUCUGAUGUUGACGUGCAACCUCUGGCAACAAGUUGGCCUCUGCAACGGCGCUCGUGGCACAGUGUACGACAUUGGCUGGGCACCUGGGGCUGACCCCAUCCGAGACCAACCGUGUGUAAUCAUGAUGGAGUUUGACAAAUACUCUGGACCGGCGUUCCUGACCACCGCGGAUGGCAGGAAGAUCGUUCUGAUUCUGCCAGUAGACAGGGACUUCCUCGUUGGAGCCACACUUUGCACUCGCACUCAGUUUCCCCUGAUCGUAUGCUACGCCAUUACGGUUCAUAAGUCGCAGAGCAUCACGGAAGACAGGAUUGUGACAGAUCUAUUCUACCGCUUGCACCACUGCUCUAAGAUGCAAGGGGUGACAUAG